UUGGCUACAAAAUUUAUCCAAGGAGCUUUGUGCAAGGAUUUCAACUGAAGACCUGCUUCAAGGUUUUAUGCAGGUCCGAGUGUAGCACUGGUUGAACUGGAGGAAAGUGGUAGUGAAACGAACGAGGCUGUAAAGUUGAGGUUCUGACCCAUUGCAAGGAGAGUUCAGACUCGACCCUCGCCGAUCACCAAUCAUGUCAAACAGAGCCUAUAAUAAGAUGUGGGCUGAUACCCAUGAGGCACUUCACUAUCUUCUCCAGGAGGAGCUCUCUUCCCAAGAUGCCAAACCACUUACAGACCGCGUGAUGAUCUUCCAGAUGCUGACUUCCUUCUACAUUAAGUAUGUGCAGAUUUUCCGUAAUGUGGAAGAGCUCUAUGAACAGAUAGUACAUCCUCAGAAGAGAAGGAUUAUCCACCAUGUACUGGAGGGUGUUAUGGGCAGAAUUCUUGAGCUAAAGGAUGAAAUGGUGAAACUGGAGUUCUCAGAGUUUCACUAUUAUGACGAUAUACUGCAGGAUCUCAAGCUAACCCCGGAAGCCUUAGAGAUCCCCAUUCCCAGAUACUUCAUGAAGGAUAAAUUAAAAGUUAUGAAGGAAAGAGAAAACAUUCUGUCUCGAAUAUUAUCCCAAAGCUCAAUUCAAGUGCAAAAGGAAACUGGUAUAAAAACAUUGACUCUAGAAGAAGCCAUCCAAAUCAUUCAAAUUGCUGAACGUGCUCGGCAGGGGCGGUUACGAGCUAAGUUUAUGCUGGAAAUUCGAAUGGAAGAAGAAAGACAAAACUUAGCUAAACAACGAAAAGCGAGUGCAAUGGCUCCUGAAAUGGCAGCUACUUUAAUAAAAAAGGUUUGGUGUGGAUAUAUUCAAAGGAAAAUUACCAAGAAAGAACGGGCAGAGGAAAUGAUAUUUCUUGAGAUGGAACCUCCUCCUGAUUUUCAGAAGCCUAGCUCUACUCAACUGCAAGCUCAGAAAGUAUAUCAACAGCGGCAGGUGGUACAGGAAGUACAUGAGGUGGAAUACCAGCAAGCCUUAGUCACAAUAAAAGAGCAAGUGCGAUCAGUUGAGGGACCAGAUAUUCAAGAAACCUUGCAGGAGCAGAUCAGACAAUGGUUUAUCGAAUGUCGAAACAUAACUGGAAAGUUCCCUGACUAUCCUGAUGAAGAGAAGGGAGGCUCCGCAGCUAUAUUUGCUUCAAAGACUCCCCAAGAGGUGCUUCAAGAACUUGCUGCACAAGAAGAAAAAAAGAAACAGAAAGAUAAAGAAAAGAAGGAGAAAAAAAGUGGUAAGGACAAAAAGGAAAAGAAGAAGAAAAAGAAGGGAAAAGCUGAUAAAGAGGAAGAAGAAGAAGGUUGGAAAAUGGCUGAGAGUGAUUUCCUUCCAACAGUGGCAGAAGGUCAUAAAACAUAUGAAGGAGUUUGGCAGAACCGAGAUGAGCGCACAAACCUCUCCCAGAAGUAUGUUGCUGAACUCAUCAAGGAAGAUAAACGCAAAGAGGUGGAGGAGGAAAUCAGAGUGCAGGUUGAUGAACUAAUGAGACAGGAGCUGAAGAACUUAAAAAUAGCAGUGGACAGGGAUAAGAGUACAAAGAGGAAAGGAAAGAAAGAUGGGAAGAAGAAAAAAUCAAAGAAAGAAAAGAAGAAGAAGAAGAAAGGAAAAGAUCUGACUGCUAACAGGACAAUUGAUUCCCUCUAUGAAGAACUAGUUCGUGAAGGUCUGCUCAUAAAGCCAAAGAAUAUCCAACUUUCUGAUUUUAAAGGUGAGUACAACUACUUGGGGACCACACUCCGCCAAACAGAUAUCGAACCCAUGCCUUCUCUCUUGGAUGUGAAGCAACUGAUCACAUUGUAUGGGAUUCUUCCCUUGGGUUCCCAAACUGUCCAUGAGAAAGCUCCUUUGGUGAAGUCUUUGUUACUGGCAGGACCAUCUGGAGUUGGAAAGAAAAUGUUGGUCCAUGCUCUUUGUACAGAAACCGGAGCCAAUCUUUUUAAUUUGUCAUCACAUAACAUUACAGGAAAAUAUCCAGGCAAGACUGGUCUCCAAAUGAUGAUCCAUUUGGUUUUCAAGGUUGCCCGCCUGCUGCAGCCUUCGGUUGUGUGGAUUGAUAACGCUGAGAAAACUUUCUACAAGAAGGUUCCAAAGACAGAGAAGGGGCUGGAUCGAAAGAGAUUAAAGAAAUCUUUCCCAAGUAUACUCAAAUCCAUGAAUGCAGAAGAUCGUGUCCUCAUUGUUGGCACAACACAACGGCCCUUUGAUGCAGAAUUAAAGUCUUUCUGCCGAACUUUCCAGAAAAUUGUACUUAUUCCAAGACCAGACUAUACAGCUCGAUUUGUGUUAUGGAAGAGCAUCAUCCAACAAAAUGGUGGGAUCCUGACGAAUUCAUUGGAUCUAAGUUCCCUGGCUAAGAUCACUGAUGGCUAUACCCAGGGACACCUUACCCAAGCUGCAAAGGAUGUUCUAACUGAGCGACGCAUCAAGCAGUUACACACAAAACCUCUCACUGCAGUGGAGUUUAUUAAUCCUCUAGCCAAGCAGGAACCUGUAUACCAAGAGGAAGAGGAAUCAUUCAAGGAUUGGUAUGUCAAAACACCUCUGGGCAAGAAGAGAGCAAAAGCUGCAAAGGAAUCAGAAAAUGAUGGGAAGGAGAAGGGCCAAAAAGGAAAAGAAGGAAAGAAAGGAAAAGAAGGAAAGAAAAAAGGAAAAAAGAAAAAAUAAUAUUCAGAUGUUUCUGAGCCAGCUGUAUAUUUGUAUUGCAUUUAUCAUUAGUUGUAAGCAUCUUUCUUGUAUGUGCAUUUGUAGAUUAAGAAAUGUUAUUGUCUAUUAUAAUUAAGUUAAUUGAAAAAAAAUGUAUCAAUUACUAAUUUAGAAAGCAGUGCAUUAACCUAAUCCACUUAAUUAUUCCCCUAAUCAUGUGAUAUUACUUCCUUUAGCAAAGUGAAUUUUAAUUCAAAUGGUUGCUGUAGUCAUGAAUGGCUCAAUUAAUCACUAAAGUGCCAGAUUAUGAAAUGUACAUUUUGGUAAUAGGAAUAAAAGUUUGUUACAAGAGAAACAUACCACACAAAAACUGUUACAGAUGAUAGCAAAAUACAGAAAAUCCAAAGAGAACAUAACAUCCUAUGCUUAAUUAUUUUGAUAUAUUAAGCAAGUACUACAAUAUUGGGUGACACAAGAGAUUCUGCAGAUGCUGGAAACCGGAGGCAACACACACAAAAUGCUGGAGGA